AUGCCAGAGUUAGAAAAGACAAAUUCCAAGGAUGGUAAGUUCUACGAGAGUAAUGCCGGUGAUGGUACCCUCGUAUCUGACCAAUACUUGACUGGUUUCAAGUUAUCAUUAACAUUGCUAAGCGUUGUGCUCGCAUUGUUCGCAUCAGCUUUAGACCAGACAAUUGUGUCUACAAUUUUAUCUACUGUGGGAGAUGAGUUCGGAGACUUCAACAAAGUGGGUUGGCUUACCUCUGGAUACAUGCUUCCUAUGGCCUGCCUUGCACUAAGUUGGGGGAAAAUAUCCAUCGCCUUUGGUAGAAAGAAAACGAUGCUUUUUGGCUUGUUCUUUUUUUUCAUCGGUUCCUUGAUAGCAGCCUUGUCCAAAAGUAUGGAUAUGUUGAUCGGAGCACGUGUCAUUCAAGGGCUUGGUGGAAGCGCUAUUCAAGCCAUGACUAUGGUGAUUUUGAGCGAGGUGGUCCCAGCAUCUAAAAGAUCGCUUUCAAUGACUUUGAUCGGCAUCACCUUUUCUGUGGCAUCGGCUUUAGGGCCAUUCAUUGGCGGGUCCUUCACAACACAUGUUACCUGGAGAUGGUGUUUUUGGAUAAACUUACCCAUCUCCGGCAUUGGGUUUGUGUUUUUAAUGAUUUCGUUCAAGCCUCCAAAACCUGAAGGUGACUUGAAAACAAAAUUAGCUAAAAUAGAUUUCCUUGGAAACUUUCUCAUGGCAAGUGGAUUGGUCUUGGUGUUACUUGGGUUGACUUUUGGAGGUAAUGACUUUGCUUGGAAAUCAGCUGCCGUCAUACUGUGUUUUAUUUUGGGAGGUUUGUUGGUGAUUGCCUUCUGCGUCUAUAACUUCAAAUACUCCAAGAUCCCUAUUAUUAUGAAGGAAGCUGCCACAAGCCCAUAUGUGAUGACGGCGUGUUUCUGUGGAUGUUUUGCUUUUAUUCAGUUCAUGAUAAGUAUUGUUUACUUUUCCAUCUAUUUCCAGGUAGUCCAAGGAGCUAAUGCAUGGCAAUCGGGUAUUGAUAUGCUACCAAUGAUUAUUACGGUUCCAAUCGUUUCAAUAUCUAACGGAAUCUUUCUUCGGAUCACCAGACAAAUAAAGUUGGUACUCGUCUUUUGUGGAGUUUGUUUCGUAAUUGGUAGUGGUGUGCUGUUGUUGCUCCGCAGAGGAACCACAUUUGGGCAACAUUUUGGAAUAUUGGUGAUAAACGGCAUAGCAUCAGGAUUAUCAUUCCAGUCAAGUCUAUUGUCCACUCAGUUGGCAGCCCCUAACACUAUUCCCGGGUCAAUGAUCAUUGUCACUGCUUUGAACAACUUUUUCAAAUCACUUGGAGGUGUAAUAGGAGUAGUUGUUGGACAAUUAAUAUUGCAGACAUCUGCUACAAGUAAGAUGAAAGACAUCCUCAACAACUUACAAAGGCAUUCGGCUGACUACACCAUUUUAAGUAACGUGGGUGUUGAUGCUAUUGUUGCCAACCCACUGAUCGUUGAUCAGUUUCCCACAAGCCUUAAGAACAGCCUUAUUGAUGCAUAUGUGGAUUCACUUCACAAUAUAUUUUAUCUUUCACUUGCCCUGUCUUGUAUUUUACUUAUCACUUCUGUUUUCACUAGCAAUAAGAAAUUACCAAAAGAUGGGGAUAUUCACACCAAAAAUGAACCUGGUGAUGCUAAAAGCACCCCAAAUAAUGACACAAAUGAACUUGAAAAUGGCCAACCCAAGAAUAAUCAAAAGAGUGACCACGAUUCCGAAAACGAAGAAAAAUCGACACCAAUAGACAACUCAGAGAGUAACCAAAGCUAA